AAAGUAUGACAUACUGUCAGAGAAAACUUAAUGAUAGAGAGACAUCAGACCUCAGUCAUAUAAGCCUACUUCCUCCUUUACCUCUUUGUUCCUGAUUUACCCGUUCAGGGGGACGUAUGGGACAGGUGUUGUCGGAUUAUGCGGAGCCCACGUACAGGUGAAAGAGCACAGACCGGGUCGGAGGUUUAAAAUGUUGGUGUUACCUGUAAAAACAUGAGACUGCCGACAUGUGGAAAGAGUUCAUUUUUCUGACCAUCGGAAUCCUGCAUUGUACAGUCUUUUCCUUUCCUCCCAGCCCCAUCAAUGUCACCUUCUCUUCGGUAAAUCUGAGGAAUGUCCUGCAGUGGUCUCCAGGAAAUGGCACACCACCAGAGGCACACUAUACAGUACAGUAUGCCAUCUAUGGGGACAGUGUUCUGGGAAGCAAAGGAAAGCGGCUUCACUGGAGGUCAGUGCGACUCUGUACAGAGAUUGUGCGGAACUGGUGUGAUUUGACCAAUGAGACGUGGGAUCUUGAGGAAGGGUACUAUGCCAAGGUUCGUGCUGUGGGAAGAAAAGGAACCUCCAAAUGGGCCCUGACACAGAGCAGAUUUGACCCAAAGACUGGCACUGAUUUGGGUCCGCCACUGGUUUCUGUGGAAAUUGAGAACAUGACUGCCAUCAUCACUAUGAGAGGACCAAUGAGAUACGUGCCGAACAACCAAACUCCUGCAGUUCCCAUGGCAACCAUUUACCCACAGAUGAUCUACAACCUUUCUGUCCUUAAUACCUACAGUGACCAAAUUCGUCAUUUUUCAGUGGUCUCCCACAAGUACACCUAUCACCUUUUGGAUUACAGCACAGAGUACUGUUUUUCCGCCAGGGCAAGGUUUCUCGCCAUGCCUACCCACUGCCUGUCCUCAGCAUGGCACUGCAUAACCACACCUGAAGACCCGGUGAUUACCCAACUAAAGAGGAUCGUUGUGGGUAUUGUUGUUCCAUCAGUGUGCAUAUGUUUCCUGGUGGUGGGUGGCUAUGUUCUGUAUCACUACCUGACGGGGAAAGACCAGAAGAACCCUUAUUUUCUGAACCCUCCUCGUUUUCACCCUCCCCCUCUGACGUUACAAUCUGAUAAUGUCAACGUCUUCGUCUUCACUCCCAUUGUGGAUGAGCUGCCUUUGGACACCAAGGAACACAAAUCAGACCCUGCCUCCAUCAGACAGGUCCCCCAUGACCCAGAUCUUCCACCAAGUUAUGCCCGCCAGCACCCUGAGACACCCCCACCACCAGAGGAACCGUGGGAUGACUUGUCUGUUGCAUAUGGAUGUGUUGGAGUAAAUCCCCAGGUGAAUUUUGGAGGAGAGGGGGAAAACAUGGAAUUGAGUAGUGAAGGAGGAGAAGGCGGGGCAAGGUUAAAUGAAAUAGAUGCAGAAAACCACAACUACAACAAGCAAGAACAGGAAGUUAAGGAUGGGUCCUGCAUCACAAUGAAGCCUGUGCGAUCAACCCCUUACCAAUCGCAAAUGUCAUCAUCACACAUAGAGUCGAGCACUUAUUUUGCACAGGCACAUGCAUGUCCUCAGAUAAAUCCAGUGUUACUGAAUCACACACAUGAGUCAGUAAGACCUUUUCAGGGAGCAAACAGCGGUGCUGUAGAUAAGGAGAGAGAAGAACGCCCUGGUUUAUUUCUAAAUAAAAACCCACAAACAGGCCUCUUCGAUUUAGCUUUAAAUUUGCUAUCAAGCAAUGAGGAAGGGAUGGAGGAGGAAGUUAACAGAAAGGUGAUGGGAAGAAGAACAGAUGGAAGUGAGAGUGAGAAAGUAGCCCUUCUUUCUGCUUAUGCUUCACAGAACAUCAGAGCCAUGCCAGCCCCUCGCUGUAACCAGUUAGAGCUCUUACCAUAUGAUGUCCUGAGAUCAGCUGAAAUGCAAGAAAUGGAGGGUGAGGGAGCUCUUACCGUUAAGUGGGAUCCUGAAUCCAGAAGGAUAGUGUUCCCAGAGGUGGAUUUCAGAGAGGAGACAGGGUUGGACCAGCUGGAGUCAAAGACGGAGAUGUUGCGUAGAGAGGGGGAAGAGGAGGUGAACAGGGAGCUGAGGCUGGAAAAUGUAUUUAUCAGGCAAGAGUCGGGGGAAGAGGCAGGGGGACAGGUCGCCAAGGAGACAGGUGAGGAAGGAGAUAUUUUGACCAAAUGGAACUUAGUAAUCUCAAUGGACUAGUAGAUGAUAUUCAUCGACAAAUGUACCCAAAAAGUACCGGGCACUAAUACAGUACUUUCUAAGUGUCAUGAAAAUCUUAAAUGACAAGCACCAGUUAUUUGCUUCUACCAGAAUACACCGCAUGCCAUAGCUAAAACUUGACCUCUUAUACCUUUUAUUGUUGCUACUUUGAAACUGUUGGGAUUUACAUCUUGUAUCAAAGAUGCCAAAUCCUCAAUAGGAUUUACUGUCACAUUUAGUUCAACAUAUUUGUGCUGGAGUCAUAACUAUAUUUUUGUCUAUUGAUAAUGGAUGUGUCAGAUCAUUAGUCAACUGUUCAGCACAAAACAAUAACAGGAAACCACUUUUAAUGUUGCAAUCUAAGGCUUUUUAAUACCAUAUAAAAUACCAACAACAGACCACUAGCACAUUAGAUCCCAAACCAACAUAGCACUUUUUUUUCCUUGACAGACUGGAAGUUGUUCCACUGGAGGAGGGACUGUGGGUUUUUUUAUAGCCGUGUGUUUACAUGAUAGGAUGUGUUUACUUGAUAAUGUUUUACUGUCCAUCUGUCCUUGUUUAAUUUCCAGAUAAACUCUAGCACUCGGCCAGUAUGUUUCCAAUAAAUGAAGAGUACUUAUGUAAAUGAUUAUUGUUCUUAAAGAUUACACCAUCCUUUUUAUACCUAUAUAGCAAUAAAGGAAAUGCAUAGCUUAAGAGCUUUUGCACUUUUUUAUGUGAUAUGUGAAAAAAAAAUAGCACUUUCAUCUAAUCUGUGUCUGGUCUGCAUUUUAUUUCAGUAUUUUUGUAUUUGAACUGAAAAAUGUCAAAAAAUAUAAUAUUUGUGUGUAAUCAUUUUCUUUCUUUCUUUUUUUUUUUUUAACUGUGAGCAAAUUACUGUAUGGUAUACAACGAUGACAGCACUAUUACUGUGUCUACUUUAAUUCUGUGUUCAGGUAGUUUUGUUGUUGCUGGUGUAAUCCCUUGUUCGUUUGUGCUGGCAGAGUCAUCAAAACAAGCUUAAAUUCAUUUGUAAUUAACUUUCAGUUUCAUCUUUUUUACUGAUGAUUCACUUUGAAGAAAUGAAGGGAAAUAUUAUGAUGUGCUAUUUUUAUUUUGUUUGAACAAGUUACGCCCACUGAAAAGUUACAUAAAGGAAGUCAUGUUGAUAAUGCUUGUAAAGGAUCCAGUUUCUCUGUACUGUAAUGUGGGGGAUUUCUGCUACUGAAUUACUGCACAGUAUCUUCCUGUAUUCUGGUAUGUGAGUAAACAUACAAGAGACAAUUAGAAACUGUGGUUCGUUUUUGGUUUGUGUAUUACUGAAACAACUCAGGUAUUCUGUGAUGUAUACUCAACAACAAUUACUGUAUAUGUUGAGAUUGAUGACAAUCAAUGUAAACUAAUCUAAUCACA